AUGGUGAAGCCACACAGGUUCCAGGGAGCGUCGGAGAGUCAGAGUUCAGCGGGCCAGGCCCGCAAGGAGGAUAGGCGACACCAUAAGCGUGAGCAUGAUACCGCUACUGACGACCCGCAUUUCGUCCCAGCGGGGAACGCACGCAAAACCAGAGAGUUCUUCCCAUCAUACGGCUGGCGGGAGCGACAUUACACUAUGAAGAGCCUCAAGAAUUUCUUGGACAUCGUGUUUCGGAGGAAGCAGACCAUGACACCAGAAGACUGGGACCCGGCAGAGAUGGCGGUCAAGCGCACACGACUGAACGCCUUGUUCAGUCGCUCUGAUGCCCUAGACUGGGGAGAGUGGGGCAACAUGGCUCUCUUCUUCACUUGGGCUGUUAAGGGGAUGUAUGCUCCGAGUGAACUCGUCAACAAGUUGGAUAUCACUACCCAGGAGGAAGAAGUUGCUGGCAAACACUACUCCAUUGAACGCGCCGCUUAUUCCAGGCCAAUAGCAGAAUGGAACGAGGAAUCUGCCCUAGACCCGGACAACGAGGACGAAGCAACGGCGUGCAGCUGUUCGCCAGCAACUGCUUCACACCCCGCUUCGAAUGACAACAACUCCGACUCCGAAACUGAUUUAAGGAGCUCUGACUCUAAGGAGUCACAUACACUCCGUGUGGAAUAUGAGGAGAUUCAUGGCAACGAUUAUGCUAAUGACGGCACUGCUUCUGGCGCAACUCCACAUCCGUCUCAAGGUGAGGCUCACCGAUGGAUGUCUGACAACAGAGUAUGCAGAAUGUCAGAUGAGAACCGUGCUAUCUUCGCUGAGCGAAAAUUCAGGGAGCAACCAGCAUUCUCUGAGAUCUCAGACCUGAAUCAAGCUAUUAGCAUCGGGAACGCGGUUGGUCUUGAUGACGACAAUGUCCCAGAACUCCCAUGCUACGCUGCUUUGAUUCUGGACCUACGUUUGAUCCACACUUGCACUCUGCGGGCCUUUGAGUAUUCCUGGAUGGCAGGCUACCGCGGCCCUUAUGUCGUUCAUCAGCUGAUUCCGUACUUCAGCUCUAGCUUCGUACAUGUCAGAAGAAGAUCGCAAGCUGUUCGCGCAGAGGUCAUUCAAAACGGCGCCUACCUUCCACAAGGACUCCGAUGUCGAUCAAGAUCCGCCACCACAUUCACUCUUUCAAAUGAGCGGGAAGAGUUUGUCGACGAGGCCAUGGGUAUUUGGAACGCCAUGAGCCUUGACGAAGAGCAUGUGCAAGAGCUUCCAUUCUACGCUGCACUCAUGCGGCAUUCUUCAGACUUCCUCGUUCCAUGCACACUCCGUGCUUGGGAAUACUCCUGGAUAUCAGGCUAUCACGGACCAUGUGGUGUCAGCAAGAUGCUCGAGCUCUGGGAGGGAGUGGAUCAGUAUGUUACGCUGCCAUUCAGAUAUCGUCUGCUCCCAAUCAUGGACAAGAGUAAGACAGUGAAACAAGAUGUGGACUUCUGCUUCAUCCUUCCACCAACAGUGCUUUGUCCAGAGUGUGGAAAGCCACACUUGCGCUUUAGGGUUGUGUUUAUCCUCCAGAUCGGUCUGCAGCGCCUGACUCAAGACAAGCUCGACGACAUGGCUCGAGACUGGACCCGCAAGGGGAACAAGGACCAGUUCAAAGCCACAGUGUCUCACCUCCAAGGCGACGCACAAUACAGACAUGUGCUGCAUUACGAGAUUGAGAGUGCCAAGCUCAAAACAGAACGAGCGGUUUGCUCCAAUAACGGCCGCUGCUCGGCUCAUGGAGACACAGCCAGCCAGUGUCUCUUCCCACAACCGGAUCCGAAGACGUCGAUUGUCAGCAAAACGGAAUCCCUUCGCCCAUGUCUCCUGCCCUACAACAAGAUCAUUUGGCAAUACCAUGAUUGCCCUCAUCCUGGCUGCAACACACGACUGUGCUGGCCCGAGCUUUACAGUCGCUAUGUGUCAAGCCACAUCGACAAAGAGGUGUUACCGACCUACCAACACAGCGGUCUUUACCGGCCUUGUCCCGGCUGUCCGUUCGGCUUAGCCACUGCAUCACUUUCGAAAGGCGCGGAAUAUAUGUGGACCAGCGGUGACGCUGGGAAGCAGCUACAGGACACGUACAAACACACCGAGUGCCAGCGUUACGUCCAUCACGUUGCAAGCUAUUUCUUCUUCGAAGACGCAACAUGUGCACCUUGGCGGGGACCUUACUAUGUUCAACAAGAGGGAAUGGAUUCGCUCGCGGAGACUGUCGCCGAUGGAACUGUUGGCAUGGUGGGCAUGCAACCUAAGGAUGCCUUCAUAUCAGCUUGGCGUCUUCCGGCGGAUUGGUAUCAGGCCAGUAGCAUGUUCUUUCAUCGCAUCUACACUCCGCUCGACGCCUUGUCAUGGGGCUGGACCUUGCAUUGCCACAACAAGGACAUCGCAUGGAUGAUUCGGAAGGGGCAUCUUCCAGAGAAUAAGCGCGACCUCGACAAACUGUGCAGGGACAAGAUGAAGAUGUACACGAGAGCAGAGAGAAGACGAGACCAAAUAUGGCUCAGUAGAAGGGGCCCGAACAGACAAAAUGAGGCGCAUCUACAUUCCGCUCAACGCCCUUUCCCGGGGCUGGUCAUUGCAGUGUCACAACAAAGCCAUCAUGCGGCUAGCCAACGAGAAGGAUCCUACGCACGCCAACGAAGACCACGAGGGUCGAAGCCACCAACAGAAGCAUUAGAGAGUAGCUCGGUUGGGUGGAUGUUCUCUUCCAGCUCGCGCUUCGAGUGUAUCGUACACAGCAUGUAUCUCGUCUUUGCGCCAUUGAUCACGGCAAUGCAACCUUCGAAGCUCCAAACAUGUCAGACCUCUCAGCGACAACGAGAAUCAUUAAGUCGGGCCAUGAAUCCAAUAUGUGCUCCAUCUUGA